AUCAGUAAGUCUACUAGUGUCUAUUAUACAUCCAGAGCUGAUGAAUAAUUCCUUCCACUAUGUUCAGGUGUCAAAUUGUCACACUGGUUGCUUGAGGACUUCGACUUGUCUUUGAAAAAUCGUCCUGAGCACUGUUUUCUAUGUUGUUUUGUUGCUCUAUGUAUUGCAUGUCGCCGCCUAGUGGUUGCCACUUUUAACGGAGCGCACAACACGACGACGGACACGACUUCAGAGCCAGUCGUUUGCCACCGCCUCAUCUCUUUGGUUUAAACCUGCUUCUGCUGUCACCGACCUUUCAAUCUAUCUACCGAUCUGAAUGCUGUAAGUGCUGUCGUUACUUCUACACCCACCCACUCCCCAUUUGUAAUCUUGUGUGAUCUCAAGGCAUGGAUAUCACGGUGCGCCUUGGCAUAAUACAAUAUUGUAAUCCGAAUUGAGCACAGUCUGCGAGGGUUUAGCCCUGGUUUACACAAUCCGCUAAUUUGACAUUCAAGUUGUUGUAGGGGAAAGUGUAGCCUAGUGCAAGCUGCUUGUCGCGAAAGUGGAAACCGACCUGAUCGCAAACAGAUAUGUUUUGACCGGUGAGGGACCGACUCCGGAAUGAAGACGGCAGUACAAACUGGGAGACCGCGGCCGUUCCAGCGGUUCUGCUGCUGUGGAGUUGGGCUUCUCGCGGUCAUUUGGCUCUCACAGUUCGCGCACGUGAUAGAGCCGGAGUCUCAUUCUGGAGCGGAUGGCGUUCCAGUCCGUUCCAGACGCAGGCUGAUGCAGGAAGAGUGGACAGAAGACAACCAGACCCUGGACCUUUCCAGACCAGCCAUCCAUGAGUUUCCAGAAGAUAUAUUUACCAAGGAGGAGCUGAAAAGAGGAGCAGUGCUGUUACAUGUGCUGUGUGCUAUCUACAUGUUCUACGCUCUUGCUAUUGUCUGCGAUGACUACUUUGUUCCUUCCCUGGAGAAGAUAUCAGAGAACCUGCAGCUCAGUGAGGAUGUGGCAGGGGCAACCUUCAUGGCUGCAGGAAGCUCAGCCCCAGAGCUCUUCACCUCUCUCAUUGGUGUGUUUAUCACUAAAGGAGACGUGGGGGUCGGCACCAUCGUGGGCUCAGCGGUCUUCAACAUCCUGGUCAUCAUUGGUGUGUGUGGCAUCUUUGCGGGCCAGACGGUGGUUCUAACGUGGUGGUCUCUGUUCAGGGACUCCACCUACUACAUCUUCUCUGUGCUGGCUCUCAUCCUGGUUAUCUUUGAUGCAAAAGUUGUCUGGUGGGAGGCUGUGCUUCUAAUGACUAUGUAUGGAGUUUACAUUGUUAUCAUGAAGUUCAACUCCCAGCUCUUGGGGUGUGUGACUCGUUGUUUUGGUGGUCCGGGUCAGUGUUGCCUGGGUAGUGAGGGACACCGAGAUGAGGAGAUGGCAGAGGACGGACCCACCUGCAACACCAACAUGGUGCUGCUCAGGAAAGGCCAAAUCCAGGGUCAGGAGUUUCCUCCGGUGAUGAUGGUGGACGAACUCCUCAUCCUCAACCCCCACCAGUUGUCCUUUUCCGAGGCUGGCCUGCGCAUCAUGAUUACCCCCCACUUCUCCCCUCGCACCAGGCUCAGAAUGGCGGGCCGCAUGCUCAUCAGUGAGAGACAGAGGUUGAUCAGGAGUCCCAACAGCCAGCUGGAUGGAGAGACCAGCGCAGGGGCAGGGGGCACCCCUCUGAAGGGUUCUGGAGGUCUGGAGAAUGGGGGCAGUGUGGAGAGACAGACCCCCGAGGGGGCAGGGCUAGGGGACGCAGGGGAGAAGCCAGGGGCGGAGGGUUGUCAGGCCGAGGAAGAGGAGGAUGAUGAUGGGCCGUUCAGGCCUCUGCACUGGCCAGAUGGUUGCUGUGCGCGGGUCAAGUGGCUGAUCUCGUGGCCCCUGGGCCUGCUGCUGUACUGCACUGUGCCUAACUGUGUGUUCCCCCGCUGGCACCGCUGGUUCAUGGUCACCUUCUUGGCCUCCACCCUAUGGAUAGCCAUCUUCUCCUACCUCAUGGUGUGGAUGGUCACCAUCGUCAGCUACACACUGGACAUCCCAGACUACAUCAUGGGUAUCACCUUCCUGGCAGCGGGCACCAGCGUGCCAGACUGCAUGGCCAGCCUCAUUGUAGCUCGGCAAGGUAUGGGGGACAUGGCUGUGUCUAACUCCAUUGGCAGUAAUAUCUUUGACAUCCUGUUGGGGCUGGGUUUCCCCUGGGCUCUGCGCACUCUGGUGGUGGACAACGGAUCGUCGGUCUACAUUAACAACAAGGGCCUGGUGUAUUCUGUUGUCCUGCUGCUGGCCUCUGUCUUCCUCACAGUGAUGAGUGUUCAUCUGAACCACUGGAAGCUGGACCGCCGGCUGGGCCUGGGGCUGAUAUUCCUCUAUGCCAUCUUCCUGCUCUGCUCCAUCUUCUUUGGGCAGAUGUGAGGCUGACACUGGGGGUCAAAGGUCAACCCUGAUUCGCUUUCCUGCAAGCUGCCACGUCCAGGAGUCCUCUGUCUCCCAGAGGUCCUCGCCCCUAAAACGAAACAACAGUCUCGGCUACAUUGUGCUAAAAGUUAACGUGAUGUAGCACAGACAGAAUAUGCUCGGAUGACGUUGCACACACACACACACACACACACACACACACACACACACACACACACACACACACACACACACACACACACACACACACACACACACACACACACACACACACACACACACACACACACACA